AGAGCAGUGCCUGUCAUGAGCAGAAGAAAGAGUAAACUUAAAAGAGAAGCAGAGGAAUCACUUCAGCAGAUAUCAUCCUCUACAUCAACUCCUCAAGAGAAGAACUACCUUCAGCGUUACAGAAGUGAAAAUGAAGUUCUCACGUGUGGCUCUCGCUGCUGCAGUCAUCAUCGCAUGCGUCUGCAUCCUCCCGACCGCAGCCGUUCCCUUCACACAGACUGAAGAUGAGCAUCAUGUGGAGAGUGAAGCACCACAGGAGAACCAGCAUCUGACAGAAACUUCACAGGAACAAACCAAUCCCCUGGCAUUCUUCAGGGUGAAACGUCAAAGCCAUCUGUCCCUGUGCAGAUACUGCUGCAACUGCUGCCGCAACAAAGGCUGUGGAUACUGCUGCAAAUUCUGAUCCUGCGGGCAUUUAACCGAGUCCCAUGUGCUCAGGAAAAGAGUUUCUUUGAAACAUUAACUUAUUUGGACUUUUGUCUUCCAAAACCCUGCUGAAAUGAUUUUCCUUGUCGCACCAUGUUGUUUGAAACGGGUAUAAAUGCAGGCUGUCUCCUUGCAUACUGCUUUGUAAAAGUUGCAGCUACUUCCAUGAUUUUGUAUAUUUUAUACAUGUAUAUAUUUUCAUGACUAUGUACAAUGAUUGUUUAGUAAAUGUAAAGCUUUUGGAUAUUUGUAUUAAAAUGAUUUAACAUUUGAA